CUUUCAGUUUCAUCUCUGCAGCGUGCUGUGAUCGGCACAGCAGAGCAGCACUAAGAGGGGGCAUGGGGGACAAAUUACUACUCCCCCACCCCUCACCCCACUGCUAGAGCCUUUAAUCAUUGCAGCCACUGCUGCAGUGAACAUGAAAUUCUAGGUCCAAAAAGGGGGCGGGGCUAAACGGCACUGCACACACAGUGCCACCAUGCCAGCCAGCAACAGCGUGGGAGAGAGGAGGGGAGAAGAGCAGCACAGCCUUAACAAUACAAGAAUGGGAACCUUAUCUUGGCCCACAGCUACUUUUAUAACUGUUGUUGCUACCGUUUACUUGGAAGCAAAAACGACUCAGCCGAUAAAGUACACUAAGAAAGUGUAUAACAUGGAGAUCGGGAAUGCUUUCCAGACUUCAGUUGCUCCACCAACAGAGGAGACUGUUUUCACUGACUUAGCUGAAACAAGUGACACCACCACUGAGCCUGCCACUUUAAGCCCUGAUUUCAGAACUGCCACUACCCUUUACCCUUUUGACAAUUUCACUCUUGAAACAGCUGAUUUUUUCUUUAACUGCUGCGACUGCUGUACCCCUCUCCCGGGGCCAAAGGGCGAUCCAGGACCUAUGGGACCACUAGGUCCCAAAGGAGAUACUGGGGACAUUGGCUUGCCAGGUCCACAUGGAACUAUUGGCCCCCCAGGUCCAAAAGGCUACAAAGGGAACAAAGGUGAGAAAGGUGAGCACGGUGAACAGGGAGCUAGUGGGAUUGCCGGAAUACCAGGAAGGCUAGGAGAAGCAGGUGAGAUCGGCCCAAAAGGUGAAAAAGGAAAUCUUGGACUUGCUGGUAUAAAAGGACAGAAAGGAAACAAAGGAGAUAUAUGUGAAAAUGGCACAAAGGGGGACAGGGGUGAAAGAGGGGAGCAAGGUUUAAUAGGUGUAGAUGGGGAAAAAGGAGACAAAGGUGAAAAGGGAGAUUUAGGAGACAAAGGCAAUAAUGGAGAUAUUGGAGAAAAAGGAGAUCAAGGAGAAACAGGAGAGAGAGGGAUAAAGGGGGAUAAGGGCAUUAAGGGAGACAUAGGACUGAACGGUAUAACUGGGUUAGAAGGAGUUCAAGGAGAGAAGGGAGAACAAGGACUUAAAGGGGAUAAGGGUGAGAUUGGGUUACCUGGCUUAAUAGGUCCACUGGGACCAAAAGGCAAUUAUGGCAUAAAAGGAGUUAGAGGCAUUCCUGGAAAAAAAGGUUCUAGGGGUCUUAAAGGAUCUAAAGGGGAAAAUCCCAAACCCUUGAGAUCUGCUUUCACCGUAGGUCUAUCAAAACCUUUUCCUGCUCCUAAUGCUCCUGUAAAGUUUGACAAAUUAUUGUACAAUGAACAAGAAGACUACAACCCUACAACAGGGAAGUUUAACUGCACAAUUGCAGGAACCUAUGUGUUUGCAUUUCAUGUGACAGUCAGAGGCCGCCCAGCUCGCAUAAGUAUUGUCGCUCAAAAUAAGAAGGUAUUUAAAAGCCGUGAAACCCUGUAUGGCCAAGAGAUAGACCAGGCUUCAGCAAUGCUGGUUUUGAAAUUAAAUGCUGGGGACCUGGUUUGGAUGGAGGUUUCAAGAGACUGGAAUGGGAUUUAUGUUAGCAACGAAGAUGAUAGCAUAUUUACAGGAUUUCUUUUAUAUCCGGAUGACACAGUUGAAACACAAUUAAUAUAACCAUGAUUUGUUACUAUAGUUUAGGUAAAUUGUAUGAAAUAUGAUGCUAGAUUAUUGUUAAAGUAGACGCUGGUUUAUGAAUGUCCAGUAACUUCUAAUAAGAUCAUUAUAAAUAUUCUAUCAUUAAACUCAGGAUAUGAACAUCCAGAACUACUAAUCACAAGCUUCUAAUAAUCACAUAUAUAUGACAUACUGUAACUAUAUGUGCUGUAUUAUCUGAUAUCAACUAUUUCAGUGAUGUAUAGAUUUUAAUAUAUUCUCAAGGAUUGCUCAGUUCUAUGUAAAAUAAAAAUAAA